UGUGAAAAUGAAACUAAAAAGUAACUAAUGAGUGAGCUUGUAUUUUGCAGUAUGUAAACUGGGUUUAUGCAUAGGAGUGCAAUGUGCUCAGCUUGCCUAGAAUUCUAGUCAUUUUGAUUGUGGACAUCGGUAUAUCAUGCUUAUUGUUAAUAGAUUAUGAUAAAAAAUACCAAAACUUUCCUGUCAGGAGUUAUUCAAUGGAUUGACUGCUGUCUGUAGGUGUCAUAUACCUUUGAGGCUGAAACUGGAGCCCACAAGUGAGGAAAAAGACUGCAGGGAGAAAGAAAACAUGCAGAAUCUGUGUGCUACAAAUGGGAGAACAGAGCAGUGCUGUGGGGAGCACAGACGGAGACUGGAGUUGUUCUGCCAGGAAGAUGAGGCCUUUGUUUGUGUCCUGUGUGUUCCUAAACAUUCCUGCCACAGAUUUGUGUUACUGAAUGAGGCAGUCAGUGUGUAUAAGGACAAAAUCCAAGUAUCCUUAUCAGUUCUUGAAUCCAAACCUAAUGAUCUCAGAAACUUAGCAAACAAGAAAGAAAAGGAACUUGGAGACAUACAGGAAGAUGCUUACAGUUUGGAACUGUACAUCACUCAGGAGUUUGCAAAACUGCAACAAUUUCUUCAUGAUAAGGAACAAAAACUAAUCCAGCAGCUUAAGGAUGAAAAUGCAGAAAUCCUGAAACAGAUGGAGAAAAGCAUUGAAAGCGUAAGACAUGAUGUUGUGGCCACCCAUGUGACAGUGUCUGAUGCAAGCUUGGAGCUCAGGAAAAAAGUCGUAGGAACUCUGAAAGAAAAGGAAGAAAGUGCUGAAUGCCUUAAAAAUUCUGUUGUGGCCAUUCAGGAAGUGAUGUCCAAGGAUAUGUCAGAACCUGUCAGUCAGAAAACUACUUGUUUUCUAACAGCACCAGAAAUAUUUGAGGAUGUUGCUGUCACUUUCUCAGAAGAGGAGUGGAAGAUGUUAACUAAACAAGACAAGGACCUACACAGGGAAGUGAUGAUGCAGAACUAUGAAAGCUUGGUAUCAGUAGGGUACAAAAUCCUCCCAGAAAAAUUAUUACUGCUACUUAAACAAGAUUCUGAUGAACAGCCAAAGUGUGAUGUGGAGGGAAAACAUAUCACAAAACAGCAGGGUAAUCAAGAAGGUGGCUUCAACAGUACUGAAAGCAUGGAGUUGAGUGGAAGUUCCAGUCUGCAGCCUUCACUUGGGGGGCCCCAGUUACAUCACUCAGCAGAGAACCUGCAGCAGUGUGCUGAGUCGGGACAGGACAGUGGCAAGCAUCAUGUGAUGCCAGCACAACAGCUUCAUGCAGGACGUAACUGCAUCCAGAGAUGUGAAUGUAGCACAAAUCAUAGUGUCCACAUAGGGAAGACACUAUAUACUGGUGCUGAAUGCACCAAGUGGCUUUCACAUAGCAGUAAUCUGAUACACGGUCAGACCAUUUACAAAGGGAAUCCCUCUCCCGGGGUCCAGUCUUGUGAUGGUAUGAUGGUCCCUAAACAUUUGAAGAAAUUAAAGAGGGGUAAACAUUAUAAGUGUGCCGAAUGCAGUAAAUGUUUUUCUGAGAGUGCUCAGCUGAUACACCAUCAAACUAUUCACACAGGUGGAAAAACAUACGUUUGUAAGGAAUGUGGUAAGUGUUUCACAAAAAAUGUUUAUCUUAAACAGCAUCAGAACACACAUCAAGGGGAAAGACCAUAUAAAUGUGCUGAAUGCACUAAAUAUUUUACAUGUCUUAGUAAACUUAAACGGCAUUGUAUCAUUCAUACAGGAGAGAAACCAUACCCUUGUAAUGAAUGUGGUAAGUGUUUCACACAAAAUGCGUAUCGAAAACAACAUCAGAGCACACAUCAAGGGGAAACACCAUAUAAAUGUGCUGAGUGCAGUAAAUAUUUUACAAGUCUUGGUAAUCUUCGACGGCAUUGUGUCAUUCACACAGGAGAGAAACCAUACAUUUGUAUGGAAUGUGGGAAGUGUUACAGACGAAAGGGGGAUCUAAAAUGCCAUCAGAAAUUGCACAGAGGGGAGAAACCAUAUAAAUGUGCAGAAUGCAGUAAAUGUUUUACACAUCAUAGGAGCCUUCAGAAACAUCAUGCCACUCACACAAGUGGCAAACCAUAUGUUUGUAUGGAAUGUGGUAACUGUUUUGCACACAAUGAAUAUCUAAAAAAACAUCAGAAAACACACAAUGCAUAUUUAAAAAAACAUCAGAAAACAUACCAAAGGGAAACACCAUAUAAAUGUGCUGAGUGCGGUAAAUAUUUUACAUGGCCCUGUAACCUUCAGCGGCAUCGUGUCAUUCAUACAGGUGAGAAACCGUACACUUGUGUGGAAUGUGGGAAGUGUUUCACACAAAAGGAGGUUCUAAAACGGCAUCAGAACUCGCACAGAGGGGAGAAACCAUAUAAAUGUAUAGAAUGCAGUAAAUGUUUUACACGUCUUAGUAGCCUUCAGCGGCAUCAUAUCAUUCAUUCAGACAAACCAUACAAUUGUACUGAAUGUAAUAAGUGUUUUCAAAGACAGGAACAACUAACUGCUCAUCAGUACUCUCACUUGGGGAAGAUGUCAUAUAAAUGUGUUGAAUGCAGUAAAAGUUUUGCAUGUAAGAGGUCAUUAAAACACCAUCAGAACUCUCAUACUAAGGACUUGCAACAUCUUGGUUAACAAUAGGAAAAAAUGUGCUCCUCCUUAAAAGUGAUGCUGCUAGCCAACCUAAGAACUAUUGACCAAUAACGUGCCUUCCAAAAACAUGCAAGUUGUGUUUCAGAAAUGAGGCAGAGCUUACAGUUUUUUUGAUAAAAAUUGCCUCCUGCCACUCGGACACUAAAGUAAAACAAGAAAAUGGUCUGCAAAACAUGCAAGUUGUGUAUCAGAAAUGAGGCAGCGCUUAGUUUUUUUGAUAAAAAUUGCCUCCUGCCACUCAGACACUAAAGUAAAACAAGAAAAUGGUCUACAAG